AUGGCCCCCUUGAAAGUGUACGUAGCGAGUGUAACAGCCAAUCCGGAGGUGAGUGCGAUUUUUCCAUAGGAAAUGUUUUCUGUCCUUUUUUCAACAAUUAACUUCCCCUAAAAGCUAUAAAACAACUUUUUCACAUGAAAAAAACUAUCAGGACUCAGAAAAUAAUAAAUUAAUUAUAACUUUGAGGGAAUAGUAAAAAAAAUUUUACUAAAAUUCCCUGUUUGUGCUCCUUUUUUUCUCGUGUUUUAAAAAAUGAUAUACAUCCGUUUUCAAAAAAUACGAAAUUUUUCUGCUUCAUGGGCUUUUUUUUUGCAAACUCAUAUUUUUUGAGCUUGAAUUUCGAAGUAGACUACUCUAGAUGGAAAUUUAGUGAAAAUCAAUUUGAAGAAAUUUAAGAUCAGGAAACGUGUUCUGAGGACUUUGAUGCUUUUGGACGGCCUGGGGAUUCCUUUCGACUCGAUUGACAUCACCAAGCCGGAGAAGGCCGAAGAAAGACGGUUCAUGAGGGAAAAUGCGACAAAAGAAGGCCAACGGGGGCCGCCGCUGCCACCUCAGUUUUUCUACAACGAAGAGUACCUCGGAGUACGUUUCGACCUCUAUUUCAUCAGUUUUCUGUCAAAUUUAUAGGAAAAUUUUUCGAACGUUCCUUUUUUCAUAAAAGAUUAUGAAGGAGUAAAAUCACCACGUCUAUGAAACUAUAAACCUUAAAAUAAGACUCGCAUAACCGAUGUAGACAAAGUAUUUCUCAAGGCACAUCCUCGAAAAAGAAAACUAAUCAGCCAAUUAAAUCUAUAUGUUUCAGGCUGAUACACUAGCAUUGCUUUGAUAAGUGUUAAGUGGUAGAAACCGAUUUCAUGUAGAUAUAUUUUGUGUAAUGGAUGGUUCUAGUUCAUGUUGGUUUGAAACUCGGCAUGGAAAAUAACGGUUUUCCAGAAUUACGAAGACUUCGACGCCUCGGUCGAGUCGGACACGAUCACAGAGUUUCUACGGUUGUUGCCAGACACCAUCGUAAGUCUCCAUUUUUUCUCUCGGAUGCCCGCGUGUUUCUGCUGUUGACUAACACUCCGUUCAGCGCAAAAGAAUCCGCGUCGCCACGGCCAAGAAUCCCCCUUCUGUCGCGCCCGACCAUCCGGUGGCCAGCGUCGGUGAGCUCCACGUCGCUUUUCCCAAACUACUAGCAUCAAAAAUUGAAGAGUGAUAACUCUAGAAUCAUAACAAAAGGAACUUGUCUCUCUAUCGUAUUGCUGAAACUACUAACUGUUUUAUUGAAAUCUCACUACGUUUGUUGCUUUGAUUUUGACAAAAAAAAGUCCUUCAAAACUGACUUUCGGCGAAUCGGUCAUAUAAUUCUUACCCCACCAGUUGCCAUUGAACAGAAAAGAUUUUUUCUCGGCUACUUAAAUAGUCUCCGUGAAAUUUGAAAGAAAAGAAGUUUCAGGAGUCGAAUGUCGCCAGUGAUCUGCAUACAAACGAGGUAAUUUUCUUUCAUUGCUCUUUUCUCCACGAUAGCGAGCGAGCACGAAGAAAAUACUUUCGGAAUGAGAAAUUAGUUUGGAAAAAUGAAAUUGAAACUAAUUUUCUCUUUGAGUCAGUCGGUUUAUGAAAAAAAAAAAGAGCGAGGCGAAAAUUGCGAACGUCGGCCGCACAGCUGUCGUGGAUGACAAAUUAAAUGAUACAACUUCCAUGCAAAGUUGUUUCAGGAGACUGAAAAACCGGUAGCAUCUGUAGAAAAACCCCAAAAAGAAAAUGCGGCAGCUGACAAUGGGUUGGAUUUGGAAGAUGAAGACGAAGAAUGGGAUGAAGAUGAAGAAGAAAGCGAAGAGUCCAAGACGACGGCUGAUCAAAAAACGCCAUCUUCUGAUAAACCGAACGAAAAUGAAGAAGUAAGUCUUUCAAAAUGGAUCCUAAUGGAGAAAAAAUUCCAGGUUGAGGAAUCGGCAGUGAUACAGCUGAAACCAAAAGAAAAAGAUGAAGAUGUAGAAAACGAAGAUGAAGCUUUCGACGAGGACGAAGAGUACGACGAGGAUGAAGAAGAAGAGGCUUGA